CCUAAGUUUAUGCAGUUCCAUACACAGACAAGUGAGAGGCGCUGCAGGGCUCCGUAGAAAGCCAAAGUAAAAGGGGAGGAGCGGUAUCGGGAAGUAGCCACACGGUGUGUCUGUGUGACCAGGCAUUCGUUCAUAUCUGAGAACCAACCGACGCUGAGCAGGGAGCGGAUAAAGACGCGUUCUGUGGCAUCUGCCAACUCCCGAGUCCCGACCACUCCGCUCCCAAUUGGCAACGGAGAGACAGUAGCCAACAGUACAACGCAAACAGCGGACACCUGACAGGGAGAAACAGAAGGGUUUAGACAAGAGGCAACUAACACAUUUAGCCGUAAAAUGCAACAACGGUCUUUGCUGGAUUAAAACAGCAUUCACACAUAAGCGUAAUAGACAGCGAAACAAGGACGAACGCCGGUGCUGAAGCUCAGCCGCGACUAGGGAGGUGUAGACCGCAAUACUCAAAAGAUCCAAUUUGCCUGUAAUGAGAAUCGCCAUCCACAAGAGACCCAAGGUAUGGCGUGCCCCCAUCAUUGUCUCCUCUGAGAGGAAGAGGAAGUGAUGUCACGUCACCAUAACCGCUUCGAGAGGGAGUACCGGGUGACUCCAUGGGAGAGGCGGGACAUCCUCCGCCCGGCUGGCCUCCUCAACGGGACCGUGGCCAAUAACAGCUGCUCCGCUGCCGUAGUCAAUGGAAACAACCGACCGGGACUCCUCCCACUGCCCGUCAUCCCUUCUCUCCUACCCACCCCGGUUACGGUCACCGUGACAACGGCGAGUGGCGGUGACAUGGUGGUAAAGCGCCAAAGCGGGGUCACAGUCACGGCAGCCAGUUCUGCCAAGGCGUCGGGUGCCUCUCCUGGGGAGAGGGAGCUUCAGAGCCAGGCUCCGGGUCUGCUUCUAGCUCCGGGGGUGAGGUGGGGACAGACGCCCAUCAAUCAGCUCACACCCUGGGAGACUGACGAGCCCCCUGCCAAGCAGCAGCACAGAGACACGGAACCGACAGGUCCUCCAUGGGUCCCUCCUGUAGCACCAGUCACUCAGUCCAGCCUCCUCCCCCACUCCUAUUCCCUCCAGCCCCCCUCCUUCAGCCACAGUGUCACAGUCCAGUCCCCUAUCAUCGGUGUGACCCCCUCCAUCCAGUCGCCCAUGCCCCCUCACCCGCACCCGCUUUUGACUGCUCACUUCCAGCUGCCCCCGCACUCCACCGCCCACCAACCCCCCUCCAUGGUGCUGAACAUGCCCUCCCAACCCCCCUACCCGUCGGCCCAGCCGCCUGUCGCCUCCUCACCCCUCUCCACGCCUUCUGGGCGUCCCGUGGGGGCACACCCAAGCCAACACAACCACAGUGUGAUCGGGAACGGUCACCUGACACCUCACCCGACUCACCCUAUCAUACAGCCCCCCGCCUUGCCUCUGACCAACGGGCAGUCGGCCCGGCCGGUCCCGCCCAUUCCGGUGGUGUCCAAUCAGGAUGGUCCUAGAGGUCCCAACGGGCUGCAGAUGCUGAGGACGGUGGGGAUGGGGAAAUACGAGUUCACCGACCCGGGUCAUCCUAAAGAAAUGUUGAAGGAGUUGAACCAACAGCGCAGGGCGAAAGAGUUUACAGACCUGAAAAUAAUUGUUGAAGGCAAAGAGUUUGAAGUCCACCAAAAUGUUCUAGCUUCCUGCAGCCUUUAUUUCAAGGACCUGGUGAAAAGGUCGUCUGGGGAGACAAGGAGCGGGGAGAAGCUGGAGCUUCAGAUGAGCAACAUCGGAGCUGAGGUGCUGGAGCAGCUGCUGGAGUUCGUCUACACGGGCUCCCUGGUCAUAGACUCAGCCAACGCCAAGACGCUGCUGGAGGCCGCCAACAAGUUCCAGUUCAACACCUUCUGCAAAGUCUGUGUGUCCUUCCUAGAGAAACAGUUAACAGCGGGGAAUUGUCUAGGUGUGCUGGCCAUGGCUGAGGCUAUGAGAUGUACAGAGUUGCACAACAUGGCCAAAGCCUUCGCACUGCAGAACUUCCCUGAGGUGGCUGGCCAGGAGGAGAUUCUGAGCGUGUCCAAGGAGGACCUGGUGGCUUACUUGUCCAACGACAGCCUCAACACCAAGGCAGAGGAGCUGGUCUACGAGACCGCCAUCAAGUGGAUCAAACGAGACCCCACCGUCAGAGUGCAACACGUAUCAGAGCUGUUAGCGGUAGUCCGUCUGCCCUUCAUCCACCCGUCCUACCUGCUGAACGUCGUGGACAACGAGGAGUUGAUCAAGACGUCGGAGGCGUGUCGGGACCUGGUCAACGAGGCCAAGAGAUAUCACAUGUUACCUCACGCCAGACAGGAGAUGCAGACUCCUAGGACGCGACCGCGGCUAUCUGCAGGGGUGGCCGAGGUGAUCGUUUUAAUAGGCGGUCGUCAGGCCGUGGGUAUGAGCCAGCGCUCUCUGACGGCGGUGACGUGUUUCAACCCGCAGAACAGUAAGUGGUACCCGCUGGCCAGCCUGCCCUUCUAUGACCGAGAGUUCUUCAGCGUCAUCUCAGCCGGGGACAACAUCUACCUAUCAGGUGGGACAGAGUCUGGCGUGACGGUAGCUGACGUGUGGUGCUACAUGUCGUUAUUGGACAACUGGAACCUGGUGUCCCGUAUGACGGUGCCUCGCUGCAGACACAACAGUCUAGUGUACGACGGGAAACUCUAUACCAUCGGGGGACUGGGCGUGUCAGGAAACCUGGACCACGUGGAGAGGUACGAUACAAUCACCAACCAGUGGGAGACGGUAUCUCCGCUCCCCAAGCCGGUGCACUCUGCGGCGGCCACGGUGUGCGGGGGGAAGGUCUACGUGUUCGGGGGGGUGAACGAGGCAGGCCGCUCGGCCGGAGUGCUGCAGUCAUACAUCCCUCAGACCAACUCCUGGAGCUUCAUCGAGUCGCCCAUGAUAGAUAAUAAAUAUGCCCCAGCGGUCACUCUGAAUGGGUACAUCUUUAUUCUGGGAGGAGCCUAUGCUCGAGCCACCACUAUCUACGACCCAGACAAAGGAAACAUUAAAGCCGGACCCAAUAUGAACCACUCUCGACAGUUUUGUAGCGCCGUGAUCCUGGACGGUAGGAUCUACGCGACGGGUGGAAUUGUAAGCAGCGAGGGCCCAGCGCUUGGCAACAUGGAGGCCUUCGACCCAAACUCCAACAACUGGACGCUGCUCCAGUCACUCCCCUGCCCACUGUUUAGACAUGGCUGUGUUGUCAUCAAGAAGUACAUUCAGAGCGGCUGAGAUUUGUAGCCAAAUGUGUCACCCCUUCUUCUUUUCUGGACAACCCAGACCCACAGCCGUUCACAGAGGGGCAGAGCGCAUCAUUUGGCGAAUUUCACCCGCCAAACUAUCAAACGUAGAUUUUGCAGUUAUCGUUACUCUCGCCGCGGCGGGGCUGGUUUGUCGAGAGAAAGAAAGGGUCAUGUUAGCUACGAGGCUUCCGGGAGACUCCCUGGACUGCUUCGAUCUGGUCAUGACACUCUCCAGAGUAGCCUUUGGUGGUCGAUCGCUCAUCGCUGCUUGGAUUAUCGAACUACAGCCCCCACCCUCCCCUGGGACUUGAUGCCAGCAUUGUUGUCUUAACUCCCCAUCCACAUGUCCACCUCCCUGUGCAGAGAGUAGAGAUAUCUUCCCCUGUGAGUUCCUGGUGCCCAAGCUGUCAUACAGAGAGUAGAGAUAUAUUUCCAUGUGAGUUCCUGGUGUUGAACCUGUCAUACAGAGAGUAGAGAUAUCUUCCCUCGUGAGUUCCUGGUGCCCAAGCUGUCAUACAGAGAGUAGAGAUAUCUUCCCUCGUGAGUUCCUGGUGCCGAAGCUGUGAAACAGCGUAGCUUAAUCUCAACAUAAUAACACCACUCCAGACUUAAGUCCUUGGUUUGAUGUCCCCAUGCCUCUUGCAAACUCCUCUUAGGUUUGAUACUUUAGUUCAAUCCCCUCAGUUAAACUUCUGUCUUUAAGCGAAGUAUUGUGUUACUCCUCCAGUGGUUUGUGCUAGUAGAGGGACUGCAAGUAAUCUGUCCUUAAGGGAGGGGUUGCUGUGCUUCGAUAACAUUCAGUAGUGGCAUUAGGAUAGAAGAAGGAGGUGGACAUCUUUAAAGGGACAGUGGAGUGACAAGGGUACAAGGGGAAUGAAUGGGUCUGCAGGGUUUUUGAAACAUCCGGACACUGCCAGGACGAGAAUGAGCAGCUGAUGACGGGCAAGGAGUCUCAUUUUUGUGAAAUUAACCCCCCCCCAACCGCCCCCUAAGGUUCUAAGGACACGUUGGAUACUUGCAGCCUCUUUCUGGACCCGAAAGGGCAUUUGAAGAAUUAUCACGACAUCACCUUGACUCCCAACAGGGCAUAUGUCCUCCACACAGCCAAAGCACAAUAAUCACCUGUGGCCCCGAGGAAUAGACAGUUUUCACAAGAAUUCUGUUUUUCUCAAUCGUUUUGUUCCAUCCUGUUUUAUAUUUGUAUAUCAUUGCAACCCAUGAGUUGGGUGGGUGUGGUGU